ACUAAUUCUACUCAGGAUAACGGUCUCGAAUUUGGUGUGUACGAGUUCCGAUACAAACAUGGCAACGUGGUUGGCAAACAAGCACACAGCUGCUUUGAGCUCUGCAUGUUACAGAAAUCCCGUGAUUAAUUGUUCUGUCGUAUCGCGCUCGUUCCACACACCCACAGGACCUUGCUUGGCGUCAACCAGUGGCAGAAGACAGCUUACAGCCCGACAGACACCCUCAUCCAGGCCAGUAGCCCGCUGCGAGCGGCUGAGAGUGCACAGCUCAAGCGAGCAGGACAACGGACAGAAGGAAGGCGACAAGCCGUUUGGAUACACGCGCAAGGACGUCAUUCUGCUGGGUGGAGGGAUUAUUGGGUUUGGCUAUGCGCUGUAUUAUGGCCUACAAGCAGCUGGGGUGGACUCUCUGGUGGCUGGAAACGUUGUGCAGCUCUUUGUGUUCCUGGGCAUUGGAGUCGGCUACAUUUCCACCUACCUCUUCAGAGUGGCAAACAAGGAGAUGACAUAUGUGAAGCAGCUGGAGGAUUAUGAGGAGGCAGUCAUGAAGAAGAGGCUAGAGGAGAUGCCAGAGACAGAGAGGGAGCGCCUGCUGCAGGAAAUAGAGCAAGAGAAAGAGCAGAAAGUCAAGUGAGUAGUUGCCAGCUGAUUGUGGUACCUUCCUUGUUUGGUUUGCUGUAUUGAGCAAGAGGGAGAACGCACCAGGGAUGACCAUCCGGAAUCCGAAGGG